AUGAUGAUCUAUUCUCGAGCAAGGCAAAGUUUCAGAGCGAGUAUCGAAUAUAAAGUAUUAACGCUCGAAUUAAGUGCAGGGCUUUGCUCUAUAAUAAAACUCAUCGGCUACGUGGAAGAUGACGACGACGACGACAACGACAACGAUGAUGUUGGAGAGGACUCUACGAAGGAAGAAGUCAGCAGGCUGGGAGGUCGGCUGAGCGAGGCGGUGGGUCCCGUCGUGGAGGAGGCCAUCGAGCCAGGGGAUGCGACCCCGCUGACGGGACCCUCGAGGGAGUCCUCGAUUCCUCGAGCACCCCCGCCCCCACCGCCACGCGUUACGACACAGAGUCCACCGAGACCUCCGCCCACUACGUCCGACCAAUCCCACGAUUCCCAGGCCCAAAAUCCAGAUAAUCAACGUAAUACGAAUCCUGCUGGACAACAGCAACAACAAAAUAUUCAAAGUAAUCCACACAAUCCGGGUAAUCAUAACUCCGGCAAUUCAAACGAUUCCAACGAGGAAACGAGCAAUCCCGGAACCACCACUCAUCAAAUUACUCAGACCACUCAAACUCAGCCUCAGCAGCAACAACAACAACAGCAAGAACAACAACGAGCAGCCAUGGGUACUGUUUUGUCAUUCAGUCCAAGGGAUCGACGUGGCUCCGUCUAUCCCCCAACCACCCAUCAACAUCCAACCGAUUUCACUUUGAACAACUUCAAUUACGAGCAAUUGAACAAUGCGAAAAAUCGAGAGAAUAAGAGUGCCGUGGCUACGGUGGCGCCGGCGCCUCCAACGAGUCAUCCACCGUCGAACAAUAAUUCAUUGCAAAACAAUAAUAUUAAUCUGAACAAUAACGACAAUGCGAGAAUUAUCUCGGAGAAGAAUGCACUCGAGAAGAAUCUAAAGAAACACUCGCUAUUCAUCAAUGCUCUAUCGUGGAAACGAUUCAGUACGGCGAACAAUAAUAAGAAGAAGCUCGAUAAUAAGAAUAAAAAUAUCGCUUUUAGACAACCACUCGAUAACAUUCCCAUCGUCGAUAAGAAUAAGAAUAUACAAACACCCCAGACGAAAGCCCCGGCGUCUAACAACAAUCAUACUACGCACAAUCCUACGUGCGAGAAAUUGGUCCAGAAACCAUUGCCACCUGGACCAAGGAAAACCGUCAUCCAAGCAUCUACGUCGGAACUUUUAAAAUGUCUCGGCGUCUUCCUACACAGGAAAUGCACGCGAUUAAGGGACUUCCAAGCUGGUGACGCAGUAAUGUGGCUUAGAACAGUCGAUAGGAGUCUCCUGCUUCAGGGUUGGCAGGACGUAGCAUUUAUCAACCCAGCCAACGUAGUGUUCGUCUAUAUGCUUGUAAGAGAACUAGUCGAUGGAGACGAAGCUUCCGAGAGGGAACUUCGUGCAACCGUGUUAACGUGCCUCUAUUUGAGCUACAGUUACAUGGGCAAUGAGAUUAGUUAUCCUUUGAAGCCGUUCCUCGUCGAGGAUAGCAAGGAUAAGUUUUGGGAUAGGUGUCUGUUGAUCGUCAAUCGAUUGAGCUCCGAAAUGCUUGCGGAGCCGACGAGCGUGGCAGCCUAUCUGGAAGUGGCCUCGAACGGAGUCUCGUCGUCUCCGGAGUCGCGGUACCCACCAAGGCGGCUUGACGGAGCUAUACACACUUGUGGGUGCGCAUCUACCCGCACGGCUGCGACGUUACGACGCUCUGACGACGGUCGGCACGACGACGAGGAGCUGCGAUCGCAGCUUGACCCCUCCGCAUCGACCUCGGCCUCAGCCUCGACGUCGACGUUGCAACGCCAGCAAGAAAUUCAGCAACACCAACAGCAACAGCAGCAGCACCAACAACAACAACAACAACAACAACAACAGCAGCAGCAGCAGCAGCAGCCGCAAAAACAACAUCCGAUUCAUCAGGACAUUAUAAUCCAAGGUGGUCGUUGUCCAUCGUGCGGUCAACGACGAAAAGAGGAGAUUGUUUAUACGAUCGAAGAUUUAGAUGCGAUCGAAGCACCGCCAUUGGAGUCAACGAGAACACCGCCGCCAUCGGCAAGUCGAACCUGCAGCUGCGAAGUCUCCUCGUCGGUUGUCGAUGUAUCCAUUGACGAUGGGGAUCGAGUCGAACUUCGUAAAUAUCGUAGCGUCGAGGCAAGAUGGGCCAACACAAGUUUCCUCUCACCGGACGACGCGAUCUGGGACUUAAAGAAACAUGCGAGUGAGGGUACUGAGUUCCGUUGGGCUCUUCAUACUUCUAGCACAGACGUUGACUUGGCUAGAAAGACCAAGUGCAGUUGUCACAAUUUAACGCCCGAAGAGAAGAAACCACACGAUGGGGUACAACGAGGUGAUCUUCGAAAGCAUCACAGUGCUGAGACGGACAAGUGGUCGGUUAAGCCUGAUUAUUUGGCACCGCCGAUGCACGAUCUUAGAAAACACAGUAGCGACGAUACGAGGAUGGCACGUGAAGCCAGAUGGACUCUUCAGAUACCUGAGGUAUUACCUAAUCCAAAACCUAGAUGUACAUGUCCGAAGGCAAAGACGUUGCCACCUUCUCCGUCGCCCGUCGAGCCACCAAAGCUCGAGGAAGAAAAGUCGGAAGACAGGGUAGAAAAGGAAAUACCAAAAGAAAAGGAACAACCUGAAAGAAGGAUGGUUUAUUCGAAAUCCCUGACACCGGAAGAGGAACCAGUCGCGCCGUCACAUGAGAGACCCGAACUGAAGAAACAUGCCAGCGAAGGAUCCAGAUUAACUAAACAGGAGAAAGUAAAGGAACGGCCGAAGUUGGUACGUUCUGCCCAUCAAACCAAAAGUAUACUCAGUAUAACUGGUAUGUCGAAGAAAUGGGAACAAAAGGAAACUGUUGCGAGCCCAACCGAGGAUAUUAGAAAGCCUCGUGCUAAGUGGGCAAUGAAGACACAUUUUUCGUUGCCAGCCGAAAAGAAAGAAUCGAGAUGGUCGAGAGGUGAUUCAGCUGAUUCAGGUAAAAGUAAGAGUUUAAGAGAAAGACCAAGGUAUAGUAUCCGUAGGAGUAUGUCGCCUGAUCCGGAUCCAAGGCAAAUGACAAGACUGGAGAAUAGGAUCGUACGACGUUUAAUAUCGCCAGAGAUAACGGUGGCGAAUGCCAAAUGGGCACCGUACGAGGACGCUUCGCCAUUGCCAAAUGUUGGGGUUAAAAAGCGCGAGCAAAAGCACAUCAGCGAGAUCAAAUGGACACCGUACGAUGGUUCGCCUAGUGAUGCCAGUGGUGGACCAAUCCGAGGACCUACCAUCGAGUCCGAGGAACCAAAAGAUUGGUCUCCCUUUCACAACGUUACACCGACUCAUUGUCCACCUAUGGCAACUACGCAAACUCGUACAGAGGAAGAAGACUUUCGUUGGCGUUUUCUCAACCAGGUAUCGCCCUUCCCAAUUUAUCAGGGUGCCUGGAAGGACGAAUCACCUGAGAAAACACCGAUUAAGAGAGCACCCAGUCCGAUCGAGUCUUCGCCUGUUUGGUCACCCCAGGUACCAACCACACCGGUUAAAAGACAGAGAUCGCAACAGCAACAAUUGUCGGUACAAACAUAUUCCCCGGCUCAACAAAGGAAAAGCAUCGUGAAGGAACGCCGUGGGGCAUCCAAAAAGAAAGCCGCUCUUCGUGCCAGAUCGGAAAGUGGUUAUCAAUUGGAAGAAAGAUUAGCACUGCCGCAACACACGAUAGUUCGUGCCUCGAGCGAAGAGCCAAAAGGUAGACAGAGACCACAGUUGCUAAGAUCAAAAGCCCUUCUCGAAGUUCCAACUACGAUGGACCCUAGCAAAAGGUCAUUAAGCGAGGAGGUACCUCGUAUGCGAUCUCGUGAGUUAGCUCGUGGACCUUAUAGAGCUCGAAGCGAAGAGGUGCCUAAGUACAAAGAUCCUUGGUUCGCCAAUGAGGACGGCGAGGCCACCGAACUUCGGCAAUACGUCACGACGGUCUAACUCUCGAUUCGUUAUCGACGAGAAGCAUUUCUUUCAUUUAUCUCAUUACUCCCAUAUCUCAAUUCCUCAUCGUAUUUUUUUUUUGUUUUUUUUUUUUUUUUUUUUUUUUUUUUUUAAUCAAACAAAUAUUUCAUUAAUCUUAAUUUAUCAUAUCCUUAUCGUAUUAAACGCAAUCCAUUUCCAUUCGCCUUUCUUCACCGAUAAAGAUUCUACGAUGAGAAUCCUGUGAUAUUUGGAGGAUGGAAAAAUAUUCUCUCUUCUUUUUCCGAUUUAUUUCUUUAUUUUUAUUUUAUUUUCUUCUUUUUAUAUAUUAUAUAUAUAUAUAUAUAUAUUUUUUUUUUUUUUAACGCAACGUACAAUACCGGCAAACGGACGGCAAUGAAAAGAAACUUCAACAAAAGGGACCUUCGAAAUAGGCAUUUUAAACUUCGUUGGCCUACAUGGAGAGGGAUUACGAUCGAGAAAAGAAAUAAAAAAAAAAAAGAUGAAGAAAAAAGAAAGAAAGAAAGAAAGAGAAGAAAGAAAAGAAGAAAAACCCAAUAGGAAAAUCAGGAAGAGAUAUUUAAAAAAAGAAAAAAAAAAAAGACAAAAAAAAAAGAAAUUUACGAUUCUUUCGAUAAAAAGCUGCGUACGUCACGUUAAAAUGAGGAGAGAGGGUCAAGUAUCGACGAUACUAUCGUCUAUUAUUAUUAUAUUUUAGUCUAAUAAAAAGUGCGACACGUUUACGAAUUGAUCGGACGACGAUCGUAACGUGUAUUUCUUAAGAAAUAAGAACAUUGUCGAAAUUUUACGAUGAAAUAAAAGAAGAGAAAUAUAUUCUUUUCCGUUUCACGUUUGAUCGAGCGCGCAUCAUCAUCGAUAAAUGAUGUCAAACGACGUCGUCGUCGUCGAAUUUAGAAACCAAUAUCGCACUAUUAUUUCUACGAGGAACGAUAUUAGAAUCGUGUUAGAAGUGAUAUUAGAUAAUGACACAACAACAACUAAAAAAAGAAAACAAAAAAAAACAAAGAAAUGAAAAGAAGAAAAGAAAAGAUAAGAAAAGAUUAAGAAAAAGAAAAUGAAAAUGAAAAAGGAUGGAAAAGGAAAGAAGAGGAAAAAAAAAACAACAAAAACAAAUAACAAGAAAAAAGAUGCGAUAGUUAUUUGAACGUUUCAAGUAUAACGCUGUGAACGCGAUUAAAAAAAAAAAAAAAAAAAAAAAAAAAAAAA